AUGGACAUUUUUACACAGAUAAAAUCAAACCUAGAAUGUCAGAAUUGGUCGGAUGCUGGUGAAAAUUUUAGUAUUUUGACGAAGAAGCUGCAAGAUGAAACGUUUAGGUUGAAUCAUGGAAAAGAUGUGUUUAAAUGUGCUGAUACAACUAUCAAAAGCUUAUGUCCAAAGUUAUCAGAAAUAACCAAAAGACAUCAUUGCGAAAUUGACUUUGUGAAAAACCAGAAAAUUUUAUUAGGAUGUUUUCGUGCCUUGAGAAAUUCUUGUGCUGGUUCACAUGAUAAUCAGGACUUGAUAUUUGAACAUCCAGACAUAUUAACUGAGCUUCAAAAACUCUUUCAAGAGUUGACUGUGAUACCGAACAAGACUGGGGUGGUUGAAUUGUUAAGAUGUGCUGUACAGUUUCUGGGUAAUUUAUGUGUUGGUAAUAUAAAGACGCAGUCUGUAGUUUGGAGACAAUUUCUACCUUGUAUAAGUGUAAUGGUCAAUAAAGUGGAAGAUGUACCAUUAACAAAUUACUCUUGUAUGUUUUUGCAUACGUGUCUCUUAACAAGAUUAGAUUCCACAAUAUCUACAGAGAGUACAGAGUUUUACAUCAUAAUAACAUGUAUAUUGAACAAGUUAACUCAGACAGAUAUAGAAUGGGGAUUAUUUGUGAUAGAAGAUAUAUUCUUAGUACCUGAUUAUUUUAAGAACAUCAGCCAUCAACUAGAAAACAAGGAAUGGAUAUUUUUGGUUGAAGUAAUGAUAAAUGCACUAAAAGCCACUGAACUCAACAAGAAAGAACCAGUACAUAUGAGCAAUAUUGAGUGUUUAUGUUCAGAAAUUAUAAAUAAUAGUUACAGAAUAUUAUCAGUUAAUACAGACUAUACAGACUCAAUUCAACAGAAGAGUUUGUUGUUAUGUAAAAUGAUAGAAGCAUUAGGUAUAGCUACAUCUUCUUUACCUGAUGUGUAUCCUACCAUACAGCAUAAUACAGAAUUACUAACUACGGUUAUUAAUCUAUUAAAAGGAAUAGAUGAAGUUGGUAAAGCAGGUGGCGGUGUGUUUAGUUCUGUAGAGAAGUUAUCUGAAAUCAACCAGGUGGAUACAGACCAUCCUGUUUAUGGAUUAAAGAGAGAUGUUGUCAGGCUUAUAGCCAACAUGGUUAUCAAACACAGAGAUAAUCAAGACACUGUUCGAACGCUUGAUGGUAUACCAUUGUUAUUGGACCAGUCUAAUAUGGAUGGUAAAAACCCUUGUAUCCUUAGCUUCUGA